AACCGUCGUGUUGGACUGUAGAAGCGGCGUUCCAGAGUGGCGCGGCUUGUCACCGGCGUGAAGGCGGCGCCCCAAGCACGUCUUCCUCCGCCGCUGCUCAACCGUCUCCCUGCUCCCAGAUCGUAUCACCAGCCACCUCAUGACGGCUCACGUCGCCAAGCUGGAAGCCGAUAUCGGAGACUCGCAGAAGCUUUAUUAUAAUGAGAGAGGAUUUCCAACAAAGGUAUGGGUACACUGGUAAUUUCAUGUCGUCGAUUUUUCGCAAACAAAAAGGGUCCGCUGGUUCCGUUGGCUACCGGAUGUUCGUCUCCAAUCCAAUGAAUGCUCUGUUGGUGUCCGUCUCUCCUUCUCUCUCCCUCUCCUCGCCACCGCCUCUUCCUCGCCAUGAACGGGUCCACGGAAUCCCUAGAUUCCGGAUUCUAUGUUCUCCAGCUGGUUCUCAGCGGAUUGACAUGCCCAAGUCCGAGUACAAGCCCGGUCCCUUUGAUGCUCUGCUCCUUCAGUUUUUCAGGAAGAAAAUGGUGCAGGAGGUUGGAUGGGAUUCAGAGAAGCCUGGGUAUGUUGGACUUAUUGAAGUUGCAAAUCAUCUUAUGAUUAAGGGAAAAACCAUCUCAGAGACUGAGCGAUCAGCGGUUCGGGUUCUUGUAUCUUUGUUUCCCCCACUCUUGCUUGAUCUGUUUAAGAUGCUUAUAGCACCAAUUAAUGGUGGGAAAGUAGCUUCCAUGAUGCUUGCAAGAGCAACUGCAAUGUUAUGUCAAUGGCUGAUGGGCCCUUGUUCAGUUAAUUCUGUUGAUCUUGCUGAUGGGUCCUCCUGCAGUAGUGGGGUCUUUGUGGAAAGAUGCAAGUAUCUUGAAGAAAGUAAAUGUCUGGGAGUCUGUGUCAACACAUGCAAACUACCAACACAGACUUUCUUCAGAGACUAUAUGGGAGUCCCUCUAUAUAUGGAGCCAAAUUUUAGUGACUAUAGCUGUCAGUUCAAUUUUGGGGUUCCUCCUCCACCACCUGCUAGUGAUAAAGCCCUCCAAGAGCCUUGCUUGGCAAUAUGCCCGAAUGCCAGCCGCCGCAGAGAGCUUAGUGGCAGGGAAAUUGAGCAAUGCCCCAAAGUGUAAAUUUUCAUCGACUCUCUAUCUUGCCAUAAUUCUCAUUUUCAGUAUAUUUACUCUUGUAAUAAUUUUAGAAUGCUAGGAUCUGUAGAUUGACUUUGAAAUCACCUUGGCAUAUUUGGACAAAACCAUGAAAAAGAUAUAUUCUAUUCUUUUGUUUCCUCCUGGAAAAUUAGUUGCAACGUUCCUUGAA